CUGAUAUCUCACUCAUACGCAUUGACAGUGCUUGCGACCGGUCGUAUUGAGGCCGGUUCGGUUGUUGUUUACUUUGUGAUUAGUUACGGAUUUUUCACACAAAAUGGCUUGUUGUAAAGGCGGGCCAGGCUACGCGUCCCCACUUGACGCAUUCCGUAAUGGCCCCAGGGAGGAAUUACUUUACGUUGUUUGUGUGCAACCAGACCAGACGAAACAGGACUAUCUCGCUACUGUCGAUGUAGACCCUAAUUCACCUACGUAUAGCCAGGUCAUCCAUCGUACCUACACCGGCAGCGUGGGUGACGAGCUUCAUCACAGCGGCUGGAAUGUCUGCUCCAGCUGCUAUGACAACCCCGAACUUAAGAGAAACUUGCUCAUCUUACCCAGCCUUCAUUCCUGUAAGGUAUUCACGGUUGAUGUUGGCACCAAUCCUCGGAAACCAGAGCUGCAUAAGGUAAUCGACGGCUCCGAGAUGAGGUCAUUCAACUGCACUUUCCCGCACACGGCCCACUGCCUGGCGACUGGUGAAAUUAUGAUUUCCACGAUGGGUGAUAAGAAUGAAAACGGAAAAGGGGAUUUCGUGCUCAUCGAUGCGAAAACAUUGAAAGUGACAGGGACAUGGACGAAGGGAGAGCGACUUGCUAAAUUCGGUUACGAUUUUUGGUACCAACCUUAUCACGAUGUAAUGAUUUCCUCCGAAUGGGGUACUCCGAAGUUCUUUAAAACAGGUUUCCAUCCAAGCGAUAUCGCUAACCCAGAAAGGUAUGGGACAUCCCUAAAUGUUUACAAAUGGUCUACCCGAGAGCUACAGCAAGUUAUAGAUUUAGGGAGAGAAGGGUGUGCGCCACUCGAAAUCAGAUUCCUUCAUGAUCCUAAAUCCGCAGAAGGAUUUGUUGGGUGCGCCGUUGAGGCCAACGUAUACAGAUUCUUUAAAUUGGAUGACGGAAAAUGGUCAACUGAGAAAGUAAUUGAUAUACCAGCCAAAAAAGUUUUGAAAAAUGGUGAAGAAACUCAAGUCAAUGGUUUAAUCUCAGAUAUUCUAUUAUCUUUGGAUGACAAGUACUUAUAUUUCUCUUGCUGGCUUCACGGUGAUGUGAGACAGUACGAUGUAUCGGAUCCGAAGAGACCAAAACUCACAGGUCGUAUACAAUUGGGCGGCGAAAUUGCAAACUAUGGGCUUAAAUUAAUCGAGGAUAAAGAAUUUACGGAACCGCCAAAACCAGUAACAGUGAAAGGGAAACGCCUGUUCGGAGGUCCCCAGAUGCUGCAACUAUCUUUAGAUGGAAAACGUCUAUACGUGUCCUCGUCUCUUUACUCGCCUUGGGACAAACAAUUUUACCCUCAAAUGGGGCAAGAGGGAGGCUGGAUAGUGAAGUUGGACGUCGACACGGUGAACGGGGGCAUAAAAUUGGAUCCAGACUUCCUUGUCGACUUUGGUAAAGAACCGAACGGAGCGGUCUUGCCGCAUGAAAUGAGGUAUCCGGGAGGUGACUGCACUUCUGACAUUUGGUUAGCCGAGGAUUAAGGGAACUCUCCUUAGCACGCCCUCCAUAUAAACGUAGUUUGGUUUUUACAAAAAUAAUUAUUAACCAAUCAAACUCAACAAAAUUUUGUAGAUGAUGGCUAAAAGAUUUAUAUGUAAAUCUUUGAGCCCGCGUAAAUUUAAAACUAGGUGUGUAUUUUUGCAGGGAAAACCACAACCACAGCUAUAUAUUAAUUUCUAAAACGUAUCUAUUGAGGUUGAUUGGUUAAUACUAAUAUGAGGACCAAACUACGUUUAUUUAGAGCACGCUACGCAUAAACUCCUCUUCGAAGAAAACAU